AUGGAUAAUGGCAAGUUAACAGGGGUAGUUUUCCUUGAUAUCAGAAAAGCUUUCGAUUCAAUAGAUCAUGUUAAUCUACUUGAAAAACUAGCUUUCUAUGGCGUUUCUCAACUUGCAUGGUUUAAAUCCUACCUCUCAAAUCGGCAACAACAAUGUCAAGUAAAUGGCUGCCUCUCUAAUAAAGGUGAAAUAAUUUGCGGGCUUCCACAAGGUUCCGUACUUGGCCCGUUGUUGUUCCUAAUUUAUAUCAACGAUUUACCCAACUGUCUAAAGACAACAACACUCUGUCUAUACGCAGAUGAUACCCAAAUUUUCGCCUCUUCGUACGACUCUGUUGCGCUGGUUAAUGAUAUAAACUAUGAUUUAGAAAAUGUCACAGAUUGGUUAAAUGUAAAUAAACUCCAAUCCCAUCCUUCUAAGGCUAAGCUUAUUGUCAUAGGAUCUAAAUAA